UCCAACUCUUCUCUCUUAUCCUCUCCUCUUCUCUUCUCUUUUCUCCUCUCUUAAAUAAUCCUUAUUCCAACUCCUCUAUCCCUAUUUCAUAUACUCAAUUAAACCUUAUUUUAAUUUCUUAUUUAUCUAUAUAUAUAUAUAUAUAUUAUUCCAAAUUGAGAGAGAGAGAGAGAGAGAGUAGUUGUUGAAGAAGGAGAAGAAGGAAACAACAGUCUUCUUGUUUGUUGAAAUUUUGUGGAAGAAUAAGUAGUCAUGGGAACAGAAGUGCCACCUCAUGGAACCUACAAGAAUAAUACUUACCAGAGAGAAAACCAACAAAGGAAGGAGAAAUCUGUAGAUGAAUGGCUACCAAUAACAUCAUCAAGAAAUGCAAAAUGGUGGUACUCCGCCUUCCACAACGUCACGGCCAUGGUCGGCGCCGGCGUGCUCAGCCUACCUUAUGCAAUGUCUGAACUUGGAUGGGGUCCUGGCAUAACAGUAUUGAUCCUGUCAUGGAUCAUCACACUAUACACACUAUGGCAAAUGGUCGAGAUGCACGAAAUGGUACCCGGAAAACGAUUCGAUCGAUAUCAUGAACUUGGACAACAUGCAUUCGGCGAAAAACUCGGCCUCUGGAUCGUUGUCCCACAACAAUUAAUCGUCGAGGUUGGAGUGAACAUUGUCUAUAUGGUUACCGGCGGAAAAUCUUUAAAGAAGUUUCAUGAUGUUGUUUGCCCGGACUGCAAGAACAUCAAGCUCACAUACUUCAUCAUGAUCUUCGCCUCGGUGCAUUUCGUGCUCUCGCAGCUCCCUAAUUUUAACUCCAUCUCCGGAGUUUCCUUAGCUGCUGCAGUCAUGUCUCUUAGUUACUCGACGAUAGCAUGGGGAGCAUCUGUGGACAAAGGGAAGCAAUCAGGAGUGGAAUAUGGAUACAAGUCCUCGAGCACGGCCGGCACAGUGUUAGACUUCUUCAGUGCACUAGGAGAUGUUGCCUUUGCUUAUGCCGGUCACAAUGUGGUCCUAGAGAUCCAAGCAACGAUACCGUCAUCACCUGAAAAACCUUCAAAAAAACCGAUGUGGAAGGGUGUUAUUGUUGCCUAUAUAGUCGUCGCCCUAUGCUACUUCCCUGUCGCGUUGAUCGGGUACUGGGCUUUCGGUAAUUCGGUCUCGGACAACAUCCUGAUCACCCUGGAGAAACCCAGGUGGUUGAUUGCCAUGGCCAAUAUGAUGGUUGUGAUUCAUGUAAUUGGGAGUUACCAGAUAUACGCAAUGCCGGUUUUCGACAUGAUCGAAACCGUUCUUGUCAAGAAACUUCAUUUCCCACCAGGUGUUACUCUUCGACUAAUUGCUCGCAGCCUAUAUGUUGCGUUCACAAUGUUCGUCGGUAUAACAUUCCCGUUCUUCGGCGGACUACUUGGAUUCUUCGGUGGAUUUGCAUUUGCUCCUACAACAUACUUUCUCCCAUGCAUCAUGUGGCUUGUUAUUUACAAACCUCGGAGAGGUAGUUUAUCUUGGAUCACAAACUGGAUUUGCAUCAUUCUGGGAAUCUGUUUGAUGUUUCUAUCAUCUAUUGGAGGACUUCGGCAGAUCAUUAAAAAUGCAAAGAGUUAUCAGUUCUACUCAUAAGUAUGUUAACCGAAUCAAACAUACACCUGAAUCAGUUGAUGAACAUUGGAUUGGUGGCACAUUCUGAAACUAUGGCUGGUUACUGGAAGAGAGUAUUAUGUGAUAUGCUAAUGAUGAUGUCCAAUGGCCUAGCAUCAAGAGCAUGCAGAAUUUCUGAGGUUAUUUCUACCAAUAGAAGCUAUUAUUAUUUAUGGUUUGCAUAUGAAAUAAAGAUGGAGUUGUCAUGUAAAAUUUUAUGCUAUUUGUUUGUGUUACAAGUUUCAUAUUCAUUAAUAAGCAAUACAAUUGAAGACA